UUCUACAGGAAUCCUUAUGAAGAAAAAUAUAGAUUAAUUCGGAUUGGAAAUCCAGCAUUUUCCACGAGGCUGUUGCCUGUAAGAGGAGCAGUUGAAUGUUUAUUUGAGAUGGGGUUUCAAGAGGGAGAAACUCACCUGGUUUUUCCUAAGGAAGCUUCGAUUGAACAGCUACGUAAAAUCAGAGACUUAAUUGCUGGAGAAAGGAGUAGCAGACUGAAUGAGUCAAAUCAAAUCCACAGGUCGGGAUCCACUGAAACUGUGGCUAGCACUCAGACAGUUGCACAUCAGCCUUCAAGACCUGCUGACUCUGUUCUUGCCGCUGCCCAUCAGCAACCAGAAACAUCACUUGUGCAAUCUCUUGAAAAGGCUGCAAAUAUAUUGAAAACACUUCAAACAAAAUUUGAGCAUCUUGUAUUGAUGUAUGAGAAUCCUUCUAUUCAGCAGAAAGCACUAGCUUCAAUUCCCCUCCAGCAAUUGAAAGGGAAGGCUCAGAAAAAGCUAGCACAAGCUACAAGACUCGACAAAGGUGCACAUGUGAAUGAAGAGGACUUCUUGUUGUUGGAGCUCUUGGACUGGUUUAAGAAUGACUUUUUUCAUUGGGUAAAUAAUCUUCCUUGCAGCAGGUGUGGUGGGCAGACAGAGCCUAAAAGUGACUACCUGUUGCCUACUGAUGAUGAUUUAAGGUGGAACGCCAGUCGAGUGGAAAAUCAUUACUGCCACCAGUGUCAGAUCUGUAAUAGAUUCCCAAGGUAUAAUAACCCUGAAAAACUUCUGGAAACCAGAUGUGGACGCUGUGGCGAGUGGGCUAACUGUUUUACACUGUGUUGCAGAGCUGUAGGGUUUGAAGCUAGAUAUAUCUGGGACUGUACAGAUCAUGUGUGGACUGAAGUAUAUUCUUCAUCUCAGAAAAGGUGGCUUCACUGUGAUCCCUGUGAAAAUGUCUGUGAUAAACCUCUUCUCUAUGAAACUGGCUGGGGAAAGAAGCUCUCCUACAUAAUGGCAUUCUCUAAAGAUGAGGUGGUUGAUGUCACCUGGAGAUACAGCUGUAAGCAUGAAGAAGUGCUCUCUAGAAGGACAGCACUCAGUGAAGCUACGCUACGUGAAACAAUUAAUGCACUAAAUAGAACGAGACAACAAUCUUUGUCAGAAAAUAGAAGAAGAGAGCUCUUGGAAAGAACAAUUGUGGAGCUUGUAGAAUUUAUUUCUCCUAAAACACCUAAACCUGGAGAAUAUGGUGGAAGAACAUCAGGUUCAAUGGCUUGGCGAGUAGCGAGAGGUGAAAUUGGUCCAGAGAAAAGAAAAGAAGUAAUUUUUAUUCCCUCUGAAAAAGAGAAGACAUCUAAACUCUUCCACCUCAUCUACAAUAUAGUAGAAGAUAGUUAUACGCGGAUUUCCAAUAAUAAUGAAAAAAUAACUGGCUGGGAAACAGGUGUUUGGAGAGCAGAGUCUAUUUGGAGAAAGGUUGAAACAGAUUGGAAAAUGGUUUAUUUAGCCCGAAAAGAAGGGUCACCCUCUGCUUCCAUCAGCUGGAAGUUUGAGUGCAAGUCAGUUGCUCUGAAAAUAGAUAACAUUUCAGUUAGGACAAGCAGUCAGACAUUUCAGAGUGGAAGAACAGAGUGGAGACUUUGGUCUCCAACAGCAGAAGUUGCUGUGAUAGGAGAUAAAAAUCUUCGCUCCUAUUCAGAUUUUUCUGGUGCAACGGAAGUUACUUUAGAAGCAAUUCUAGAUGGAGGGGAUGGUGAAGUUGCAUGGCAACACACACAGCUGUUCAGAGACAGCUUAACAAGAUGUGGGGAAAAUUGCCUGGAGAUAAUUAUAAAACUCAGUGACCUCUGA